CUUUGACUGAGAAAAAAUAAGCUGAGUCUUGUAUCCUUACCAACAGCAUUUGUUGAACAAAUGCAUGGUUAAACAUUUUAUAAUUGAGUUUUGUUUUGUUUGAUUUGUCUCGUUUGAUUAGAUUACUUAUUCAUCGAUAUUUGUUUUAAUUUAAAAUGUUCAAAUUACGAUCUGUAACUGGUUCACUCGUGAAGACUGUGAAUUUCCGAAACUUGAUUUCAACUGAACCAAGCAGCUUAUUGUUUACUAGGUUGGUGAAUUGUAAAUCGCUAAAUCACUUUUCAACGGAUUCAUCGUUAUCUAAACAACCUAACGUUUCUAAAAACAAACGGAACAAGGAAACUUUAUUCAUAGACUCGAAUGUCCAAAGAAUUUUACAAAAGAUCACUGGGUACAAUGAAGAAAGAAUUUUCUCCAACAAACCAGUCUCGGGUUAUAAACCUCCUAAAUAUUUAUUUCUAACAGAUGAAGAGCUUGAAAUUACACAUAAGCGAGCUCUUGAGGAGGGUAAAAAAAAUUUACAAAUGCCACCUGUGAUGGAACCAUGGGAAGAUAAAGAUUAUAUUCUGGCUAAUGAACCAGAAUUUAGCAAUUUCGACUAUUGUAAUCUAGUAAUUACUGAUUUAUCCCAAGGUUUUACUGAUAGAAGCAGAUUAAUUGCCGUUAGAGAGCCCAAUGGCAUCCUUAGAAGAGCAAGAUGGGAUGAAAGAUAUCGAAUGAAUCAAACUUAUUUUCCAGUUCCGGGAAGACAAGUGACUAUUCCGAAGAUGUUUGAACCUGAGCAUUUGGAGCCCGUUUUAAAUAGAUUUGACUAUUUGUUCGUUUUGGAUCGAGCUUGUAUACAGUUUGAACCAGAUGAUCCGCGAUACAUAGAAAUUGUUACAAAAACUUAUGACCACAUCAAUGCCAACAAAAAAUUCAACCUUUUACGAAGUACAAGACACUUUGGACCUAUGGCGUUUCAUCUAGCAUUUGAAGGAAAAAUUGAUGCCUUAUUGCAAGAUAUGAUAAAACGAGAAUUAUUGGAUGAUGCUGCCAGUUUAAUUCAACUUUACUACAUUAUCAAUCCUAAUGAGAAGCGUAAACCAGUCGAUUUUUCAGCAGCUAAUAAUAUCGAGAUUAUUAAGAUCUAUCUUUCGACGGAAUGCAAAGAAAGGUACCUAGUCGAAACUGCUCUUAGAACUUACCAAGAAAUCAUGGCUGCCAGAGAGGAUCAACCCAGGAUGUCAGGACAUGGAUAAAUUUUUGGAUAAUCGAAUCAAUUGCAGUACUGUACUAAUCAGAUCAUAUUGUAGUACUUUAUUGCUUGUAAAUUUUUUUGUAUUAAUAGCUUCGUAUAGUAAUUGGAUGGUUCUCAUUUUUGACGUUCUAUUCAAUUAUUUAAUGAUUAAAGACAAUAGUUUUAUCUAA